AUGGAAACAAGAUUUUCUAGCGAGGAAUUAUACUUCUUGGUCCGUGAAAAGCCGGAAUGCCAUCCGUCGGCCUCAGCCUUGCUCUUGGCCGUCUCCUUCGCGCUCAUAAACCAUGCCAUCACCGUCCUAAAAGCCUUUCGAUCCCCAUUAAGGAAAGUCCCAGGGUCAUGGUAUGCUCCGUUGACGACAUUACAUCUUCGACAUGGUUUCGCCACUGGCAAGAUUUGGAAGAUGGUUGAGAAAGGUCACAAGGCGUACGGACCCAUCUUCCGUCUUAGUCCUCGCCAAAUAUGGGUUUCGGAGAAGGAAGCCAUGAAAACUAUUCUACAGACCGUGUAUCUCCCGAAGGUGAACAUGUAUGCUGAGAUCUCGCGAGAUCUGCUGAGCCCCGGAUUGUUUGGGGAGGUCCGGCCGGGCCCUCACAAAAAUUUGAAAAAAUUCUUAUCACCCGCGUUUUCAGUGAGCUACGUGGAUAAUCUUGAUCAAUUUUUCUCGCUGUGUAUAGGCUCGUUGGUUAAGAAAUACCGCAAUCAAACAUGCUCCGCAAGCUCUCCUCAAGCACCAAAAACAACAGAGAUAGACCUAAUGAAUGGCCUGCACUGUGUGGCUCUUGAUGUAAUGGGCGAAUGUUCCUUCGGUCGAGGGUUCGGGCAGACAAAUCCCACCAAAGACGAAUACCUCAAUGUCGAGGAGAGGGUUUGGAAACGCAUCCCAGAUUCUAUUUUCUCUGGGAUGACACAGCGCUAUCAGGGUAUUCAAGCCAUUGCUGACAGUCGAACGACGGAGAAAACAGCUUCACGUCCAGAUCUCCUGCAACAUCUCAUUGAAGACGGCACCCGCCCAGACAAUCUCCAGAUAAUGACCUCCCGUGACAUUAUUGAUCAGAUAGCCAAAACCAUUCUAGCAGGGUCUGAGACUACGUCAGGAACUAUCACCUGUCUAUUCUUGGAGCUCGCGCGCAGUCCGGACAAAAAGAAGAAAUUGCUCCAAUCACUACCAGCGCUGAGCCCAGAUGAUCCCGUUAUUGACAGUAAGGCCAUCCGGACAGACGACCAAUACAAAUACCUCAAUGCUUGUAUCAAAGAGAAUCUGAGAAUGCAUCCGAUCGCGAGUGAGAUGGGGCGCAAAACCGGCAAGGAAUGGUGCCAUUUAGCUGGCUAUGAUAUUCCUCCCGGGACAGUUGUCUCGGCAAGCUACCGAAACCUACAUCGCAGUGAAGAAUUCUGGCCUGAACCUCUGAAGUUCUGGCCAGAGAGAUGGUUAGAGAAUGAAGAGGAAAGGGAGGGUGCUCCGAAACCCGACUUUGCAAGGGCUGAAAUUCGAAUGGCUGCGGCCAAUGUCCUGUCUAGGUUCGACGUCGAAGAGAUACCUAGGCAAGUUAUCGACUAUCGGCAGUACAUUACUAUGUAA